UCUUCCUCCCACAAAAAUCUCAUUCAGCUCUUAGCCUCUCUCUGUAAUUCCCCUCCAAGCCUCUCUAAUCUCUCCCUCCUCGUUUUACUGCCAUGGCCUCAGCUGAUAUUGAGUUCCGGUGCUUCGUCGGCGGCCUUGCUUGGGCCACCGACGACCAGUCCCUCGAGCGGGCCUUCAGUGCCUAUGGUGACAUCCUCGAAUCGAAGGUCAUCAACGAUCGCGAGACCGGUAGGUCCCGUGGCUUCGGAUUCGUCACCUUCAGCAAUGAGAAGUCCAUGAGGGAUGCGAUCGAGGGGAUGAACGGCCAGAGCCUCGAUGGCAGGAGCAUCACCGUCAAUGAGGCCCAGUCCCGCAGCGGCGGUGGCGGUGGCGGCGGCGGCGGCGGGUUCAGCCGCAGCGGCGGUGGAGGCGGAUACGGUGGCCGCCGCGAGGGCGGUGGUGGCGGUUACAACCGCAGCAGCGGCGGGUACGGUGGCGGAGGCUACGGAGGUAGCCGUGACCGCGGGUACGGCGGCGGCGAGGGAGGCUACGGCGGCGGGUCUAGGUACUCGAGGGGCGGCGGUGCCUCCGAAGGAAACUGGAGGAGCUAGAUUUGUUCGCGUCUAGUCAGUCUCUACUCUCUGGUGGUGGGGAGGGUUUUAGGUGGGUGGCGUUCUGCUCCGUUAGCUAAUAGUCAAGAAGUUCCGUUUGGGUUAUGGUUAUGGUCAUGGUUAUGGAUUCUGUGUUCUGUGGGUGCUCUGCUUUUUUGAUCGAUGGUUAUUGUGUUACUGCCAAAAAAAAAACUAUAUUGAGUUGAAAUGAAGUAUAGAUCCUUCGUUUUGCCA